GCUGUCAAUAUAUGUUUUGAAAUUUUAGUUUGAGCACUACUCGUAGUUACACAUUUCGUUAUAUUGUUGUUCCUAUCAAAUUUCUAGUGUACUUCUUGGACUAUAAAAUGAAUACAAAUGAAGGCAUUAUUCAAAAAGAUGACACCCACGGCGUGGGCGAUAGCCGCAUAGAGAAAAAACCAAGUGCCUGCAGUUUGCCAGACACUUUGUCCCAUACAUCACUCUGCGCGCCGUUUACCUCAUGCGAGUCGUUUGAAACCAUUUGCAAGGCGUGGCACAGCCGACGUCAGCAGGUGUCUACAACGACCAUUAAUACGCUGGAAGUGGACUUCGAUGCCAAAGUUAUAGACCUGACCACAAGGCUGCAGGAGCAUGAUGAGAACGAGGCAGACGUGGCCAAAUGCUUGUCACUAUGCGUGCUGCUCGAAGGACAGCACUUGCUGCUCACGGACAGCAGCGAAGAGGAUAUACCCAAAUAUACCAAGACAAGGUCGACAAACCAACGCUUCUUUGAGCCCGACGAAAUACGCGAUGCAUUUGCUGCUUUCAAACUUUUUGAUUGCGAUGGCGAUAACCUGCUGACGCUUUCACAGCUCAAGCUGGCACUCGAGAAACUCGCGGUGCCGCAAACGCAUCUGGCAGCCAAGCAGCUAAUGGCACUCAUUGUGGGUGAGCAGGCCACAAGCGUUACCUUUUGUCAGUUUCUACUUAUCUACUCGGCCAUACUACGUGAAAGCGAUGCCAGAGCGCAGCAGCAACUUAAAAGCGCUGAGCAACAAGACUAAAUCGUAAACGUUGCGCCAAAAAUUCUUGUGAACUUUCAAACAUUAUUAUAUAUUUUUUGUAUUAAUUCAUUUACCAUUCGCGCACGCAUUUAAUAUGCCGCAUGAACAGUUUUGUCCUUGCGCUAAAGUGAAUUCCAUAAAUCAUAGUCAAAGUAAAAAAAAAAUUAAACAUAAAAACUUAA